ACUCUCUCUCUCUCUCUGUCCAUCAUUCCCCGAUCUCUGAUGAAUCUGCGAGAGAACACAUAGCCUCACUGUGUCUUAUCUGAAAACGGAGAAGAGUUUACUGAAAGGAUACAGGGUAGAGAGGUGAGCGGAGAGGAGCUACGGGCUUAAAUGUCGUCACCGUCGCUGUCGCCGUCCAAAAUGACAUCCAGUGAAGGCUCUGACAAGGAAGGAUCGGAGUACGGUUUGGAAGAGAAAGGGAUGUUCGAGUACUUUGGUUGGGUAUAUCAUCUCGGCAUCAAUUCAAUCAGCCAGGAGUAUUGCCAUCUCCGCUUCUUGUUCUUGAGGGGCCAAUACGUCGAGAUGUACAAGCGAGAUCCUCAUGAGAAUCCUGGCAUUAAACCAAUCAGGAAGGGUGUUAUUGGGCACACUCUUAUGGUGGAGGAACUAGGAUGUAGGAGGGUCAAUCAUGGGGAUGUGUAUGUUCUAAGAUUUUACAACCGGCUGGAUGAGACAAAAAAAGGAGAAAUUGCUUGUGCAACGGCUGGAGAAGCUCAGAAAUGGAUGGAGGCAUUUGAUCAGGCCAAACGACAAGCUGAAUUCGCGCUUUCAAGAGGAGGUAGCAGAAGUCGGAAACUAAGCAUGGAGAUGGAGAAUGAGCUCAAUCUUGAAGGACAUCGGCCACGGGUAAGGCGGUACGCACAUGGUUUGAGAAAGCUUAUAAGAAUUGGAAAAGGUCCAGAAACACUACUUCGUCAUUCCUCAGGUUUGGGGGAUUUCAGGUCAGAGAGAUAUUUUGAAUGUGAUGCUGGGGAUGCAAUUGAAGCACACGAAUGGAAGUGUGUGCGUACAGUCAAUGGGAUUAGGAUAUUUGAAGAUGUGACUGACUCCAAGAGCGGUAAAGGUGUCCUUGUGAAGGCUGUUGGUGUUGUUGAUGCAAGUGCUGAUACGGUCUUCGAAGUAUUCCUAAGUUUUGACCGAAACCGGAGAAAUGAGUGGGAUAUGUUUACUAGUGACUUAGAACAAGUAGAUUCUGUAAAUGGGCACUAUGAUGUUGCCUAUGGUACAUAUGACCCUAACCACCUGACUCGGUGGCAAUCCAAAAGGGAUUUUGUCUUCUCUAGGCAGUGGUUUCAUGGACAAGAUGGAGCAUAUACCAUAUUGCAAUUUCCAGCUGUCCACAAGAAGCGACCCCCUAGAUCUGGCUAUCGACGUACAAAAAUUAAUCCUUCCACUUGGGAGAUUAGAGGUCUGAAUCUAUCCCCGGAUUCAAAUGCUGCAAGAUGUCUCGUGACACAAAUCUUGGAGGUACCCUCUAGUGGCUGGUGUAUACGGAAGAAGAAUCACUGGUCAGAAUUUGAAAAGACAGUCCCCUAUGCUUUGUUGUGCCAAGUUGCAGGCCUCAAGGAAUACUUCGGAGCAAAUCCUGCACUCAAGCUUGACUCUUCAACUACUGUUCAUUCAAAAGUCUCUAGUUCUUCUGGUGCAAGUGAUGAAUUUGAGGACGAAGAAGUUCGCGAUGAAUUUUAUGAUGCAAUUGCUGUUGAUUCAUCAUGUGACAAUGAGGACAACAAUGAUGAUGCAGAGGUUGCCAAGGAUGGAAAAAUGAAGCUGAUGAAUGCCUCAUGGGACAUUGCAAGCUUGACCAUAAAACAAAGUCCAGUUGCAUUCGCCGACAAGGAACUAGAUAACCACAUUCCUCCUAUCAGUAUAGAUGUAAGUCAGUAUCAUGGUUCCAUGUCCCAACGGAAAGAUGUUACUGACACAAACUGUUGGUCUUGUCCGGGAGGCCAAGGAUUUAUGAUAAGAGGAAAGACAUACUUAAAAGAUAAUUCUAAGGUAACGGGAGGCGAUCCUCUAUUGAAGCUCUUAGCAGUUGACUGGUUCAAGGCUGACAACUGCAUUGACAAGGUUGCACUGCAUCCCAAAUGCCUUGUUCAGUCAAAAGCUGGGAAAGAAUUGCCAUUCAUAUUGGUCAUUAAUUUACAGGUUCCAGCAAAACCAAACUACAGUUUGGUUUUCUACUAUGGUGCUGACCGGCCCAUAAGGAAAGAAUCUUUACUGGGUAGAUUUGUGGAUGGGACUGACAUAUUCCGGAAUGCAAGAUUUAAACUUAUUCCAAGUAUUGUAGAGGGAUAUUGGAUGGUCAAGCGUGCUGUUGGGACAAAAGCUUGCCUGUUGGGGAAAGCAGUUAAAUGCAAGUACCUCAGACAAGAUAAUUUUCUGGAGAUUGAUGUGGAUAUUGGCUCAUCAUCUGUUGCAAGGAGUGUCAUAGGCUUGGUCCUUGGAUACAUCACAAGCAUAGUAGUUGAUCUUGCAAUUUUACUUGAGGCUAAGGAAGAGGACGAGCUGCCUGAGUACAUUCUUGGUACAAUUCAAUUAAACCGUGUGAGGCUUGAUUCUGCUAUACCUUUUGAGGUUUGAGGUUCUCACAUGGCCAUUGUCAUUGUUUCUCCUUUUCUAGUCAUUGGCUUUGGGAUUGUAUUUCAAUUGGGUUCUGUUAUUUUU